AUGGGCCUCUGCGCGAUUGCGAGACUACAGAAGAGUGGGAUUGAGUCGAUGAGAAGCGAUGUGGCGGUUGCCGGUGUUGAAGUGAGCCAGAAGAUGGGAUUCGAACAACAAUCCGCUAAAAGGAUAAAAGAGAAAGUAAUCUUCGACCCUGAAGGGAUGAAAUUUGGUAGGUUCGAACCAUCGAUCGAUCGUGUAGCCACAGCUGGACCUCCUGCCGACUACACCCGCCCAAACACAAAUCGAAUUUGCAUGGAAAAUGAUCAUCACUGA